CUAGGGUGACAGUAUGUAAAAAAAACCCCAUAAAUAAUAAUAUAAAAAAAUAAAAUAAAAAUAAUACAUUUUGGCCAAGAUUUAUGAUGAAAUAUUAUUUAUUUGCAAAAUUUUAUAGAGAAAAACACCUUUUUUCAAAAUUUUUGGACUUUUUCAUUUACAUCGCAAAAAAAAUAAAAAUCCCAGUGAUGAAUAAAUACCACCAAAAUAAAGCUUUAUCUGUCUCAAAAAAAUGCUAAAAAAUUCAUUUGGGUACAGUGUUGCAUGACCGCGCAAAUUGUCAUUCAAAGUGUGAUAGCGCUGAAAGCUGAAAAUUGGCCUGGGCAGGAAGGGGGGGGAAAGUGUCCAGACUUGAAGUG